AUGUCUUGGAAGGACAAUUUCGGCUUCACAGACCGGCUGCGAGCCAUACAGUCUCUCACAGCGGCUUACCAGCAAGCUUCUUCCUCGCCCGCCUCCGCAUUUGCAGAAGCUAUGGCCCAAGCGAAGGAGCUUGAAACCGAGGCGUAUGACAAAGCGACCUCAAAAGAUGAAUAUGAUUCCAUCUGCCUAAAGGCGAUUGAUGAAGCUGAAUUAGCAGGGUCCAAAAAGCUGGUCACUAGCAGUCCACAGCAUGUCGAGGAUGACUAUGAAGAACCGAAGACCUCAACUGGGGAAGUGAUCGGUCAAUAUCGAUCUUGUUCCCACCACUAUGGUGGCCUCCACUCCUCCAUCUACAGAUCAAAGCUGGAAGAUGGGACUGUUCGGGCAGUGAAAGUCACUAUUCCCCAUAUGAUGAUAGCCCCCCAUGAUGCCCACCGUGAAGCACGGCUGUUGCGCGAAGCUUCUCACCCGCAUAUCAUUCCAUUGAUUGAAACAUUUAAUCUUGAUGGUGGGAGGUUUGUCUUAGUGUUUCCUUUUAUGCGAUAUGACUUCGAGCGGUUGCUCCGGCGAGACAUGGUAACUGCCGCUCAAACACGAUCGAUUCUGCGAGACCUGUUCUGUGCCCUUGCCCAUCUCCACAGCAUGGGUAUACUUCAUCGGGACAUCAAGCCUUCCAAUAUCCUGAUGGACUCCCCCAAUGGACCAGCCUACUUGGCAGACUUUGGCAUUUCAUGGAAACAGGGUGAUGCGGGAUCUGAGCUACCCACGCAGAAAAUCACGGAUGUUGGCACCACCUGUUAUCGACCCCCAGAGAUUCUCUUUGGGUUCAAAGAGUACGGAACAUCCCUCGACAUGUGGGCCGCCGGCUGUGUAGUGGCAGAAGCCAUCGCCGUCGGCCACCACCAGCUCUUCGACUCUGGCCCCGUGGGCAGCGAUCUGUCGCUGAUUUUCUCCAUCUUCAAACUACUGGGCACCCCGGAUGAACAGCGCUGGCCGGAAGUCCAGGUCUUGCCAGAUUGGGGGAAAGUGGAAUUCCACUCGUUCCACACACAGCCUUGGGAGGACAUCCUCCCGGGUGCAUCCUCGAAUGGCCGUGAUCUAGUCAGCCACCUAUUGCGCUACGAGAGCAGCGAAAGACUCUCCGCAACAGAGGCCCUUGCCCAUCCAUAUUUUGCUCGGAGUUGA